CCCCAGCCGAGCCGCCUGCAUCCCAGGACCCCGCCCGGUCCCUCCACGCCUCGCCCUUCCCUUCCAGCGGCCGUUGCAUUGCGCUGGGGCUGGGAUGGAUAAGGUUACGCCGAGGCUUCCUUGGACGCGAGGGAGGGAGGCGGGUCCGAGCCCGCGCCCUGGCCGGCGGGGGUGUUCCCACAGCUGGCAGCUCGGGGCCGCGGGGCCACAUCCCUGCGGCGGGCGGGCGGGCGCGGACACAGCCCCAAGCUCGGCCGGGCCAUGGCGCGGGAGAGGCCGCCCGGGAGGGGCCGCAGCGCCCUGAGCCGCUGCCUGCUGGGCGCCGCGCUGCUGCUGCUGGGCCUGCGGCUGUGCGCGGAGCUGCGGCGCGCCGGCCCCCCGCCCCCGGCCCGCAGCGCCCCGCCCCGGCCGCCCGCGCCGCCCCCGCCGCCCGCGCCCGGCCCCCCGCGCGCCGCCGGCCGGAGGCAGGUGACCUACGUGCGCAGCGGCCGCCGGGCGCGCGGGGGCGGCGGGAGCGGGACGCCGGACACCGGCUGCUGCGCCCCGCGCGCGCGCCCCCGCCGCAAGGGUUCUCGGUGGCACAUAGACUUGCAGCCUUGGGCAGGCCCUACUCAGUCACUGGAUGAAGAAGCCUCGAGGUUCCUGAGAUACAUCAGCACCACCCAGAUUGCCUGUGAUCACGUGAGUACAGACAGCCUGGCUACGGACUCCAGCUCCGCGAAGAAGCCCUGGUCGGUUUGUCUUGAUGACAGGUUUGGCUUAGCUCAUCAAAUCCGCAACAAGCAGUGCCGCCUCUACUCUUUAGGGCUGGGAAGUGAUGACACCCAGUUUGAGGUUAGCAUGGCCAACAACGGAUGUGAAGUGCAUCGUUUUGAUCCCAGUGUUAAGUCUGCUCAUAUCCUGGAGAGUCAGCGCCUCUGGCACCACCGCUUGUCCAUCGACUGGCGGGACCCCCAUCCAGCCGUUGCUGCCCAAAAGCCGCAUAGCAACACCAGAAAACUGGGGACCAUUUUGAAUGACUUUGGGCAUCACAAGAUUGAUGUCCUCAAAGCAGAUCUGGAGAGCGCAGAAUGGAAAGUUUUGGAGAAUCUUAUUCUGGAAGAUGUCCUCGAACAGAUCGGACAGCUCAUCUUCGAGAUCCAUCUCCACUGGCCCGGGUUCGAGGUCAGCGGCAGCGACAGCAAUGUGGUGCGGUUCUGGUACAGCCUCCUCAAAGAGUUGGAACUAAAUGACUUCAGGCUUUUUCACAGUUACAAGGAUUUAUCUAAACCUCAGCUCUUCCUGAAGAAAGACAUUUUCAAUGCAAGUAGCUGUUAUACUCUUGGUUGGGUAAAUACCAGGUGGAAGUAGGAUGCAGGGCCUCAUAAAAAACUCAAGGAAGUAUUGUACUUGCAGAGUGGAGUAUGUCCAUGAUCCUCAUUAUCGUUUUGCCUUCUCCCACUCGCCUGCUACCUGCUUGAGGCAGGCGUUGUUAUUGCCCUUGUGUGUGUGGGCUGGCGCCUGCCAUGAGGUAGGGCACAGUUACCACUUGUUGAGGGGCAGACACGGGAAUGCCACAGGAGUCAGCCGUCAUCUGCCCAGACCAGGCCCUUUGCCUGUCUGCCUCUGACAGAGUGGGGAUGCUUGUCUUCCUUCAUUUUUAUUUGGAAGAUAACCCCCCACUCACCUCAGUUUUCUCUCAAGUUCGUUAUGUUUCUAUAGGGUGCUCAAAAAAAUGUAUUCACACUUCAACAGCUUUUGAAAAUGAAAUGUAUUUUAAUGCACAUUGCCUUAAUAAUUAUUCGAAGGUGAGCAUACAUUUUGGGGGACACCCUGUAUAAUUCGUGAAUUCACCAACAUGAAAAAGAAAUUACAUACAUUUUCCAUUCUCACGGGGUUGAUGAAACUCUUGGGUGUGUAGCCUGCUGUUUACCACAGGACCUUGCCUUUGGCUGGAACCCACCUCUUCCCUGUUCUCCUUAAGUGUCCAGGUGCAAACACAAUCAUAUCAAGAUUUUUAAUUUAUAGUCUGAAGACUUGGGCAUUACUGAAAGCCCCCUUUUAUACAAGGCAAGUUACCAUUUAUUCCAGAUUGGUGCUACAGAACACUGACUUCAUCACACUCCAUAUAUAUAUAUCUGAAGCAAGAAUGGGUGUACUGUUUUUUUUUUAAAGAAGAGAUUAACUCAAAUCACAAACACACCCGCCCACACCCACCUACAAGGCAGCCUGUUCAGUAGUUAUUCAUACUUAUUUUAUGCUUAUUUCUAAGACUGUCCUUCAUCCCCUUUAUGGAGAGCUUGGAAUUUCUGAUGAAUUUCUCACUGUUGCUAUGGUUUCCCUGCCUGCAGAAUUUAUUGUGAUUAUUAUGUUGGCCAGGGUUUCUUAACCUCAGCACUACUGCCGUUUUGGGCUAGAUCCUUCUUUGUUGGGGGAGGAAGUGCAUUGUUGGAUGCUUAGCAGCAUCUCCCCUGGUCCCACUAGACACCAGAGCACCUUUCCCCUCCCCUGUCAGUUGUGACAACCAGUCUUGUCUCCAGAGGGUGCCACAUGUCCCCUAGGGGGCAGAAUCCCCACUAUGGAGAGCUGGGGUCGACCAUGAGAAAUGGUCUAGGUUACCACAGCACUAGCGUUUGGGAAGAUGCUGUGGUGAAGAGCAGGCAAAACCAUCACAGAAGAAUACAAACAAAGUACAAACAAACAAAAUCAAGAGCCAUUAUUUAUUGAGCACUUCCUGUGUGCUCAGCACUGUCAUGGAUUAUUCCUAAUUCUCCCAACAACCCUCCAAAGAAGUGUAAUUUUCCCAAAUGACAUAUACAGGCUAUAAUAGAAAACACUGAGCAGUUAGAUAGUUUAUUCAGAUCAUUCAACUAACACUAGUAGAUGGUGGAGCAGGAAUCCACUUCUUGGCCUGUCAGAUCCCGAAGCCCAUGCUGGUCCCUCCACAAUGCUGCCUCCAUAGCCUCUAACAAAUGUAAGAUGCUUCUUUUAAAGUACAUAUUUUUGCCUUUCUAUUAGUAAAUGGGAGUGGUGGUGGUGGGGGGACGGCUACAAAUAUACUAAGACCAGACCUGCAAAUCUAUUAGAGUUGGGGUUAUUUUUGUAGCAAUAAGGUUAAAUUUUAAAAGCCUUCAUUAAAGUAUGCUUGCCAAAUGGAGACUUACUGACAAAACCUGGGGACCCAACGAAUUCUCUGUCAAUAUGUUCAGGUUGCCAGGAAAGCUCUUGCAAGGGCCUGGAAGUGACUCUUGGCCCUGGCUCAUCCCAAUACUUGGCACUCUCCCUCCUGGGUUUUAGAAAGGGCACAGUUGCCUGGAAGUGUGGUGUGAGUUCCCUUUGUUUCAAACUAGGUUUUGAUCCUAGAUAAAUGAGCUCUGAUGUGAAUACCUGCAACAUAAUUAACUCUUACCAGAGCGGUGCUCAUAAGUGAAUCUGAAAAUACAAAUUUAAUAAUAAUGCUCUUAUCCAGUGAUAGGAAAAAAACUGUUCUUUCUCAGGUGAAAAAACACGUGAGGAUGUAAGAGAUUCAAAGGUCACCUUUUAGCCUAAACUCUGUUACAACUUGAGAUUAAAGUAAAACAAUUUUUCCUUUCCCCUUUUCUUAGAGAGAUUGUAUUUUAUGCAGUUAUACUAGGUUAUUAUAUAAAUAUUUGCAGCUAUUUGACAUGUGCAAAUGGAGAGAGCCAGGGAGAAGUAAACUUCCGUCAGAAUUGACUGACCAGCAUGGAUGUUUACAUCAGGGUAGAGCAAAAGUAAAUUCAGGAAUGUACAGUGUUUACUUUGACUUGGCUAUUCAUGUAAGCAUCUCUGCCUUGGCUGUAAGAGGUUAGUAUAUAAUAAAUACAGCAGAAGACUCGCAUUUCCUAAGUAUUUUAUGUUGGGAUUUUGCAAAACUUGGAUUUAUACCAGAAAACUAGCUUCAUUGUGUUUUGCCAGAUUAAAAAUGAAGGCCUUAUUUAAACAGAUUAUUAUACUUAACAAUGCAAUAGUAGCUCCAAGCUCAAUUAAUGUAAUCUGUUCUACUAAAGAUAAAUUUUGUUUUCCUUUUAAGCAGUAACAUAAUUUUUUUUUUUUUUUUGUAUUAGCCAAUUGCUGGCUCUGUGGAUUCAAUAAAACACUUAAACUUGGGUUAAAA